UUCAACAGGGAGAUAACCAGCUUCCUGGCCGUUCUUGUAGAAGGCUAUGUUGGAAACUCUUCCUUGCUUUUGUUCACUUGUGACUGCGCCUCAAUUGUCUCCGGUACCUCACUUGUUUUACUGACGGCUAGUCAAUUGCUACGUGACACUCUCUCAUCCCACAUUUUGGAAGAAGCAAGCCCCAGUCGAGGCCUUAACCAGGUUAACAAAUCACAGUUUGAUUGCAACAGCUCUAAACGUAAACUGAAAACAGAAUCUUAUCGUUGUUUCAUCGCUCUAGGCCUUUUGACCAACUGCUUCAAAAUGAAAGCUGAGUUUAUAUGUUUUGCCUUGAUUUUUGCUCUGAUGCUGGAUACGUCCACUGCAGUGCCGUUUGCCGGUAAGUCCAGGACACGACGAGACGCACCUCCAUACGGAUGCAAGAGCUGGUGGCGAAUACGUCAGGGUAGCACGUGCUGGGAAUCGGCUAGAAUUUGUGGAAUCGACCUGAAUACCCUUUACCGUUACAAUGGAGUUUUGGAAGGUGGUAGGGCCUGCAAUUAUUUGAAAAUUGGAAAUUUUCUUUGCUGCGAAUAUGGAACGAAAGAGUCCGAGGAAUAUAAUUACGGUUAUUCGUACGGAGUGUAUGGUGGAUGGUGAAAUCUCACUGAAUGAACUUCAAAUCCAUUCGAAACAGCAUAACGUCUUUUGAAUAAUUCACGUUUUUUUUUCUGGAUUACACUAGAAAAGUAACCUGUGAACUAACCUAUUUUGGGGAUUCAAAUACUAGUAAUGGUGAAUGUAUAUUUCUAUUGCUUUACUGAUGUUGAAGUUUAUUACAAUUUCUAAAUAAAAUUCUCUUCCAUAUA